AUGGGUGACCUCACGUCCAGCGAUUACUAUGAGAACCUCGGCGUGUCACGGACAGCAACAGCACAGGAGAUCAAGACGGCCUACCGCAAAUUGGCGAUCAAGUACCAUCCAGACAAGAACCCAUUGGACAAAAUUACGGCUGAAGCUAAUUUCAAAGUUGUCGGCGAGGCGUACAACGUCCUGUCCGAUGACAAUACGCGCAAGAUCUAUGACAUUUACGGUAAGGAAGGACUGGAAGACGGUGCGCAACCGAUGACGAGGGAACGCGCCAUGGAAAUAUUUGAGGAGUUUUUCCGGUUUGGUAAAGCGAUGGACCCUGAAGCUCCUGACCGAUCAAAGGGAUUGAAGCGCGCAGCGGGUGGAGCAGUCUAUGCGCCUGCCAAGGGUCUUCUUUACGGUGGCAAGUCUAUUGUCGGUGGUGUCAUCAUGGGGUCUGCUGCAAUUGUAGUAGGAACUGGUGCAAUGUUUUUCAACGUGGCUUCCGGUAUAAAAGAGAUGGGUGAGGCUGGCGUCCAUGCCGUGCGCAAGCAUAAGGAUAGCAAACAUGCUAGCGACAGUGAAACAGAAGUGCCUGGUACUGCAGUAGGGGAUGGCUCAGCUGAUACUAGGGCUGAAGAUGAACAGAGGGUAGCGAUCGAGGUCGCCAAUCAGAAGCCUACUCCUACAUUCAUGGGAGGAUUGAAAAAGGCGACGAUUGGCGCCGUAGCGGCUCCCGUUGCGGCGAUCGUAACAGGAAGUGGUGUGCUGCUUGCUAGUGGUGUCGCGGCUGGCGGCUACGUGGUCGGUGGGUUUGCUGGUGCUGCGACGAACGUUGCGAGUGGAGUGCGUGAGGUGAAGGCAGCAAACAAGCUAGAGAAGAAGCGCCGUGCUUCGAGCGCGGCAAGUACUCGCGAUUCCUCAGCUUCGGCAAAGGGCUCGCCGGCAACAACGAAUAUCUCGACAGGUCCUGUGGUAGACGAUAUGCCCGCAGCAUCCUAG